AAAUAAGAGCGGAGAGGAAUGACGGAGUUUACUGUUUUAACUCCAGAAACACCGACUUUAGACAGCGUUAACGGACAGACAGGACUAAUAAAUGAGAGUAUAGAAGUUGUUUAACAUGGGAAACAAACUUUAGGGGUGAGCAUUUUUUUUUUCUUACCGGAGACGCAGAGGUUGACGAGGCAGUCCGCCGAAGGCUCAACAUGGAUGUCCGGGGAGCAACGGUGCGGCUCUGAAGAGGAAUUAGGGCCGUUUCUGAGUUAUUUCUGGUCGUGAGUUUGUCUGACGGAGCUGAGGAGGAUUUUUAAAGCAGUAGCCUAUUUACCAGGCGGACACAUCUAGUUCAUCAGUGAAUUGUUGCAGCUGACUGUUAGCAAAGAUGUUGAGGAUGUGGAGGCGAGACGUGCCCCUCUCAGAGAGGCUGGGGGAAGACUCUCCUCUGGCCGUGGUGCCCGGCCCUCCGCCCACGGCAGCCCCAACGGGCCCCAACAUUUCAUGGCUCCCUGAAGCCCCACGGCUGAGCCCAGAACAGCCCAUCUUCCUCAUGACUCCUGCGGCUCAGGCUGUGUCUGGCUUCUUCGUCUGGACCGCACUCAUCCUCACCUGUCACCAGAUCUACAUGCAUCUACGUUUUUACAGCUCACCCAGGGAGCAGCGGCACAUCGUGAGGAUCCUCUUCAUCGUUCCUAUCUAUGCCUUCGACUCCUGGCUCAGCCUCCUCUUCUUCACCAACGACCAGUACUACGUGUACUUCGACACCGUCAGGGACUGCUACGAGGCGUUUGUAAUUUACAACUUCCUGAGUCUGUGCUAUGAAUACCUUGGUGGAGAGAGUGCCAUCAUGGCUGAGAUCCGAGGGAAACCCAUCGAGUCCAGCUGUAUGUACGGUACCUGCUGUCUGAGGGGGAAGGCCUACUCCAUCGGCUUCCUGCGGUUCUGUAAGCAAGCCACUCUGCAGUUCUGUGUGGUCAAACCGCUCAUGGCGGUCAUCACUGUGAUCCUGCAGGCCUACGGCAAAUACAAGGAUGGAGACUUCAAUGUUGCCAGCGGUUACUUGUACGUAACCAUCAUCUACAACAUCUCAGUCAGCUUGUCUCUGUAUGCCCUUUUCCUCUUCUACUUUGCCACGAGGGAGCUGCUCAGCCCUUACAGCCCCAUGCUCAAGUUCUUCAUGGUGAAGUCGGUCAUCUUCCUCUCCUUCUGGCAGGGCAUGUUGCUGGCCAUCCUGGAGAAGUGCGGGGCCAUCCCUCAGAUUAACUCACUGGAGGUGUCUGUCGGAGAGGGCACGGUCGCUGCUGGUUACCAGAACUUUAUCAUUUGCAUCGAGAUGUUUUUUGCGGCGCUGGCUCUGCGACACGCUUUCACCUACAGAGUCUACAUGGACAAAAGUCUCGAUUCACAAGGGCCUGUUCCUACAUACGGAGAGUUUGGCCGCUGUGCCCCUAUGAAGAGCAUCUCCAGCAGCCUGAAGGAGACCAUGAACCCUGGUGACAUGGUCCAAGACGCCAUCCACAACUUCUCCCCGGCCUACCAGCAGUACACCCAGCAGUCGACGUUGGAGCAGGGCGCACCGCCGCCCGUCUCCCGCACCCACAGUACUGUCAGCGCCCGCGGCGACACAGAGAAAACCCUCCUGCUCAGCUCUGAUGACGAAUUCUAAAGCAGAAAAUGGCACAAACAGGCUCCCGCUGUACCACAGCUGAAGCUUAUUCAGACCGAUGUUUUAAAAGCGGAUGGUACUUAAUCCUCCUGUGCAGCUGGUCCUCUUUAAUGUGUGAUUGAUUAUAGAGUUGUGUGUUUGUUUUUCCUGUUUUUGAGGCUGCUCAUGAAUGUGCGUUAAAAAAAAAAAAAAAAAACAUUUCUACACCCACACUUCCCCCAAGCGUCCUGUUUUGGUGAGGAAAGCUCUAAGCUGAUUUUGUGUUAAAACCACUGGCCAGAAAAUAAACAGGGUUGUGUCAGUUUUUGGAAAGUUUGUGAGUCACACCCGUAGAUACUGAAUCAUACCUGACAUAAGAACGAAAGUUUUCUGGCUUGGAAAGAAGCUUAAUUUCACAUUUUAGCUCAGUCAUCUUUCCUUUGCUCAAAUGUGUUUCUCAGUAGCAACAGACUCAUCCUGAUGGAUGUUAGGCUGUUGUUUUCACAUGGCCACUGACUUUCAUCACGGUUUCCCCAGUCAUAUAAAUUCUUACAAUAGUGAUUUUUCUUUUGUCCAUGACUGGAAAAGAAAAAUGUAAUUUAAGUUUUAUAAAAGUUUUGAACUUUAAAUUUAGUGAACUAAUGGAAGUAAUUAAUUUUGUCUAUAAACGGAAGCUAUUUUCAGUCUUUUGGUACCAAUGUGUUGCAAAGUUGCAGAAAAUCUAUUUCUAGGUUAACUAAGUGAACCUUGGUGUGUUUGUGGGAGUUUAAGGGACGUCCUUCACUGCAGUGAGGGGAUGGAUUUAGAGGGAAAACCCAGUCAGAAACAUGAGCUGUAUGGAUCGAUGUUGUUAUUGAUAUUGGUGGAACAGAUAAGAGCGAGGCAGAGCAGAUUAUAGAUUAUACAGUACAUCUGCUCCAGCGGGCAGCAACAGAGAAGGGCAGUGGCAGCAGCAGAGCGGGUCAGGAUUACACUGGUGUAAUUGGGGCGUUAUUUGAACGGCUGGGAUUAAAGCUCGAGUCGGUUCACUCAGACAGCAGACCUCUGCAGGCCACAAUGUAGGUGAACAGGAUUGAGGGAAAAACAUAAGCAAUAUAGGUUAAAGCUAACUAUAGAUGGCUCCUCUCUGUAGAAGAGCUCUGUCUCUUUCCUCUGUUAAUUUAGAUACAUGAUUGCAAAUGUUAAAGGCAGGCAUUAUUGACAUUUAAAGUCAAACACAAGUCAAAACAACUAGUGAUGUAUAUAACUGAUUUCUUAGCAAAAAAAAAAUGUAUUCUACUUUCAGCUUAACUUUAAAUUGGUUUAAUUUGAAGGUGGGGUUUUAAAGAUCCACCCAUCUCACAGCCUGAUUGGCUCCAAGGACUCAAGUCUUCAUCUUAAUUGUAUUUUGCACGUUAAACAGUUCUUAUCCUGAGACAGGGUAUAUUUAAAAUCUAAAAAACUAAAAUCACAAACUGGGCAUAAGUGCUGUAAUGUGGGAAAAUACAUUCUGUGCACCAUAUUUGCAUCUUAUGCAUUUCCAGUCUGUCAGACAGUCCAUAUUCACUCUGUUAAAAAUAGCACGAGUGCGUAAACUUGGCAUUGUUUUGUUUCUUUGACUUGGAUGCUUUUCUGUUCCAGUCAGUGUGUUUUUCUUUGAUUUAAUUUCACCGCAGUCCGAGCGGGUUAUUUUUUACUCCUAAUUGGAGUUCUUGAGUCAUCUGGAUGAGUCAUACCAAGUCUGCCAACGUGUUUACUGUAACUACUUUCACUGCGCCGCUGUAGCUCUGCAUGAACACCAGGGGGCCGUGUGGAGGGGACGUGAACACAGUCACACUCUUAUCUGCAAGCAGACAGGCGGUUAUCACACACCUUAAGCUUGGUUCACAUGUAACGGAAAAAAUGCUUUGUCUGUGGCCAAACUCUUAGUUUUUCUUUUUUUCUUUUUUUGUCUGAUCAUCAUUGUGUGUGUUUGUGUGCUUUCAGCAGAAAAUAGAAGCGAGCCAAGGCCUCAGACGGUCGUCAUGGGUCUUUUGUAUUUCUACUUCUGCUUGACAUAAUAUUAGUUUUAAAUAGGAGGGAUGCCACGUCUGUGCGCAGAAGCCGCAGCCUACUUUUAGACACUGCUGACUGCUGUCUGGGUAAUUAUGUUGGUACAUUUUGACAUGGACACAAACUGGACUUCUUUGUUUUGUUUUGUUUGGGUUUUUUUUUAACCAUGACUGAGCUUCAUCUGAAUGAAGCAAAUGACUUCUGAUUCUUUCAUAAAAACCCAAGUCACUUCAGCAUUAUUGUAUCACUUACAGUUUUCUGUCUUUAACACUGCACUUUCAUGUUGGAAUUCAUGAAUGAACACCUUAGCUUACCUUACCUUAAUCAGUGCCGAUAUUUUGGGGUGGGGGCGUUGAACGUAACAGAUACAGAUCUCUUGUUUAAAUUUGAAAUGCCAUUUUCCUCUGCACUUUCUUAUCAGGGUGGAAAUGAUAAUGAAACCCAAACUGCUGAAAGUUUUUAUUUUCCCUGAGGCAUUGCAGCUCCUAAAGGCAGGUUUCCUUGCCUGAUACUACAUUAAUUCACUAUUUAAAAGCGAAGUAGACAGUAUGACACUCUUACCGCACUUUGAAUGUUGUAACUCACUUUUCAGCUAAGACACUAUCAUGCACUCGUCUGUCUCUUUGUCUGCAUCUUUGUCUUUUGGUCACGUGAGACGUUCUUAUCACGUGUAUAUGAAUAUUGCUGAGAAAAUGCUGUUGUACAUAAAGUUUUAAGUGCUGUCUACAGGAGGAAUAGUGGUGAUGUAAUUUGAAAUAGUCCCAUAUGCUGUAAAGCACAGGAGAAACAAAGACCUAGUUUUGUAUUUUUACUUCAUGACUGUCUUUUUUUAAUUUCAGCGACUGUUUUGGUUACCAGUUCUUUGUAUAUUUUAAAGCUGCUCAUGAUGUUACUAUUUCAUGUUUAAUGGAUAAAUAUUGGAAGAAAUAAUAAAUGAUAUUUAGUCUGGUA